AUGAGAGUGGGUGGAGAUGUUCAAAGGAUGGCUAUUGAUCUGGUAUGGAGGACUUUCUCUCGGUUUAACCCUCCAGCCUUUAAUGGAACUAUAAAGGAAGGAGAAGUAGAGAAAUGGAUAGAGAGAGUUGAGACCAUCUUUGAGGUGGGAGAUCUUGACGAGGAAGCAUUUAUCCAGAAGUUUAAUCAGCUAUCAAAAUUUGCUACUUAUUUGAAUAAGACCAAUGAUACAAGAAGGGGUUGCGAAGUAGAAGCAGAAAAGAGACGAGAUAGUCAUAAGAGGUUCUCGUCCUCCCUAGACCCUUUUAGAAGAGUCUCUAAGAAGACGGGUUAUGGCCAGAGUAGUUCUGCAGCACCAGGCAAGAAGAGUUUUGCUUCUAAUAUGCCUACCCCAACCUUAAGUACAGCUCGACCACCACCGUCUACUAAGUAUAGGUGGUCACAUCCUGGGAGGUGCUGGGCAUGUUUUAAAUGUGGGAAACCUGGCCAUUUAGCAAGACAAUGUCCUAAGGGAAGAGUGGAGAUGGAAGGGCUGAGAACUACCAUUUCAGGACGAGUCAACACACUAUCUCAAGAGGAGGCAAGAGCAUCACCAAACUUGAUAAAAGUACAUAAGGUCUAUGAUGGAAAUAUUAAUAAGAUUGGGGUAGUGAAUGAAUUCCCUGAGGUAUUUAAGGAUGAUAUGUCUGGUUUACCUCCAGAAAGGGAAGUGGAAUUCACCAUAGACCUAGUGCCAGGAACUGAACCAAUCUCAAAGGCACCAUACCGGAUGUCACCAAUAGACUUUAUCAGUUUAGCUCUGAAACUUGCAUUUUCAUGGUGGGUGAAGCCGGUCCUGACACAUCUCAAGCUGAAGAGAUGUGGAUUUGGAGGGCCAACGCCAAGUUUCCCAUUCGGAAACAUUAAAGAGAUGAAAAACCAGAAUAACACCACAAGUGCUAUCACUCUUCAGUACUCAUCAUCAUCAUCAUCAUCAAAACCCAGCCAUGAUAUACACUCCAACGUUUUCCCUUACUUCUCUCGAUGGCAGAAUUCUCACGGGAAGGUGUUCGUGUACUGGUUGGGGACAGAGCCGUUCUUGUAUAUAGCAGAACCAGAAUUCUUGAAGCGAAUGUCGACAGAGGUUUUGGCGAAGAGAUGGGGAAAGCCGAGUGUGUUCAGAAAUGACAGAGACGCCAUGUUUGGAAGUGGCCUUCUUAUGGUCGAAGGCAACGACUGGGUUCGUCAUCGUCAUAUUAUUGCCCCCGCCUUCUCUCCUCUCAACCUGAAGGCAAUGACGUGCUUGAUGGUGGAAUCCACAAACCAAAUGAUACAAAGAUGGUGUUCCCAAAUAAACUCUGGAAACUCUGAAAUAGACGUAGAGAGAGAAGUUAUAGCCACAGCUGGAGAAAUCAUAGCGAGAACGAGCUUUGGUAUGAGAGAUCAUGAGAAGGCAAAGCAAGUGUUUGAUAAACUAAGAGUUCUUCAAAUGACUCUCUUCAAGACUAAUCGAUACGUGGGUGUGCCUUUUGGGAAUUACUUGAACGUUGAGAAAGCCCUAGAGGCCAAGAAACUGGGGAAGGAGAUUGAUAAUCUCUUGUUGUCGAUCAUAGAAUCUCGGAAACAGUUGAAAACGAUGAGACAACCUCAGGAAAAUCAACAAGAUUUGUUGGAUUUGUUGGUGCAAGGGAAUAAAUUGACUAUGAGAGAACUUGUUGAUGAGUGCAAGACUUUCUUCUUUGGUGGACAUGAGACCACUGCACUUGCUGUAACCUGGACUUUGAUGCUUUUGGCUACGCAUGAAGAUUGGCAAAAUCAACUUAGAGAUGAGAUCAAAGAAGUCGUGGGAGAUAACGAGCUUCAUGAUGUCAAUUUGCUCGCAGGUUUAAGGAAGAUGAAGUGGGUGAUGAAUGAGGUUCUCAGAUUAUACCCACCUGCGCCAAACGUUCAAAGGCAAGCCAGAGAAGACAUUAAAGUCGACAAAUUGACAGUGCCUAAUGGCACCAACAUGUGGAUCGAUGUGGUGGCGAUGCACCAUGACCCGGAACUAUGGGGAGAAACCGUGAACGAGUUCAGACCGGAGCGGUUCAAAGACGACGUUAAUGGAGGAUGUAGCCAUAAGAUGGGUUACUUACCUUUUGGGUUCGGGGGAAGAAUGUGUGUGGGAAGGAACUUGUCCUUCAUGGAGUAUAAGAUUGUGUUAACUCUUCUUCUUUCUAGGUUUAGGUUUAAGCUUUCUCCACGUUAUCAUCAUUCUCCUUCAAUUAUGCUCUCUCUCAGGCCUGCUCAUGGACUUCUUCUCACAGUUGAGCCUCUUGAUCACUAA